ACCACUUUAGGAACAAUCACGAUCACACUUUAUUUAAUAAUUGUGUAAAAAUAGCUCAAAUGAGUCAAUAAUUAAUUGUAAAAUUGAGUAAUUUGAGUCAGCGUGGUUGGCAUUACUUACUGUCAUUCGUGACCAGUUUUUAAAAAUGGUUCGCAAAUUGAAAUUUCAUGAGCAAAAACUAUUGAAAAAAGUCGAUUUUAUAUCAUGGGAGGUGGACAAUAAUUUACACGAAGUGAAAAUUCUCAAGAAGUAUCACAUUCAGAAACGAGAGGAUUAUACAAAUUACAAUAAAUUGGCACGUAAUAUUCGAGAACUAGCCCGUAAAAUUAAAGAAGUGGACCCUAAAGACUCCUUUCGGACCGAGAAAAGUGCCCAAUUAUUAGAAAAAUUGUAUCUAAUGGGUUUAAUUCCGACGCGGUGGGAUUUAAGUCUAGCUGAGAAAGUAACAGCGUCGUGUUUUUGUCGACGGCGAUUGGCUGUUGUAAUGGUUAGAAAUAAAAUGGCUGAAAGUAUCAAGGGCGCUACUAAAUUAAUUGAACAGGGGCAUGUCAGAGUCGGGCCUGAGUUGGUUAAAGACCCCGCAUUGUUAGUAACAAGGACUUUGGAAGAUUUUGUAACGUGGGUCGAUAACUCGAAGAUUAAACAACAUGUGCUUGAAUACAAUGGAAUGAGAGAUGAUUUCGUGUUGUGAUGUGAUCUUAGUCUGAUUUAUGAAAGCUACUUGUUUUGUAUUGUAAACAAGGCAAAACCAAUAUUUAGGCUUAUUCAAUAAUGUUUUUAACAAUUUAUAAACGUCGUAGAAUUUCUUGCUUGUCUUUUAAGUAAACGUGUAGAUAGCAGCACCAACUAUAACUCCAAUAAUUGUCUUUUAAAUUUGAUUACUCAGUUGGUCAUGAUAAACUACUCCAAAUCCUU